AUGGGGAAAGGAAAGAAUAAAUCGAACGAUGAUAGACUGAACAAGAGCAGAACAUCAAAUGGGCACAAAUCGAAACAACAUCAUAUACGAAAGGGGCGACAAGAAGUAGCUUUUGCCAGACCUCUAACAAUAGGAGACACAGAAGACGGCAGUGGCAGUGGCAGCGGCACGCCACAAUCCAAACACAAGUUCCCCACCAAACUUGCCAUGUGGGAUUUUGAUCAUUGUGACCCCAAGAGAUGCAGUGGUAAAAAGCUAGAACGAUUGGGUCUCAUCAAGAAUCUUCGAGUGGGUCAAAAAUUCCAAGGUAUCGUUGUGAGUCCCAAUGGGAAGUCUACCGUUUGUCCCAACGAUGUGGACGUUGUCGAGGAGCAAGGGGCUGCAGUUGUUGAAUGCUCUUGGGCUAGAUUGGAUGAAGUGCCAUUUGGGAAAAUUGGAGGUAAGCACGAGCGACUCUUGCCAUACUUGGUUGCUGCCAAUCCCGUCAAUUAUGGACGUCCUUGGAAACUUAAUUGUGUUGAGGCGCUAGCUGCGUGUUUUGCAAUUGUGGGUCAUUUGGACUGGGCAGAACAGUUGCUUGAGAAUUUUUCCUGGGGGUUGACGUUUUUGAAAAUCAAUGAGGAAUUGUUGCAAGUGUACCAACAAUGCACUGAUUCUGAGUCUGUGUUGAAGGCUCAAGAUGAGUGGUUGGAUAAAAUCGAAAAAGAGGCGAAAGAGAGAAAAGAGCAGGGACAGAAGGAGGAUAUUUGGAUGAUGGGUAACGUCAAUAGAAAUAAUGGGGGGUUGAGUAGCGAUGAAGACGAAGAAGAAGAGGACGAGGAAGACGAAGAAGAGGACGAAGAAGGUGAUAGCGACGUCGAGUACGAUAACUUGGGAAAUGUGAUACCAAAGACAAAGACUGAUGCCCUAGGGAAUUUAAUAGAGGGCGACAGUGUACUGGAGCACGAUUCAUUGGAAGAUGUCACCCUGGGUAACAAUGCGCAACAAGAAGACACCGACUCUGAGGAUGAAAUAGUUUAUGACAAAUUGGGCAAUAUUGUCACCAAAAGCAAAAGCGAUGUCACUAACCAGCUUAACGCUUUAAGUGUAUAG